CUCACCACCACCAACAAAAGCAGGGCACUCUGCCUUAGCCUUAUUCUAUUCCUCUCUUCUUCUUCUUCCACUUUUCUUCCCCUCUUCUCUUUUUCUGCUCUCUGCCCUCCUCUCCUCUGUGGCCCAAAUGCUAUAGUGGGGGCAGCACAAAACCGCCCGUGAACUCUCUCAUAUCAUCAUCUCACAUUCUCACUCUCUUCUUCCUUAACUUCCUUGUCCUCUUCAAGCUCAAUGUCACUUUCCACCAAUAACCUCCCAGAAAAAGGUACCCUCUCUCCUUCCAUAUAUACACACACACACACUCAUAACAAUAACAGAGGCCAUGUUGGUCCAUAGACUUGCUUCAUUGAGUUUCCUACAAUGUCACUCUUCCCUAAUUCCAUGUUUCUUCUCAUACUCCUGCUGCUGAAUUCAGGGCAAACUGCAUUCUGUCACACCAAAGGGCUGAGACCAGGAAACUCAAUUGGGAACCAACAGGUUCCGCCUCCUCCCGUGAAUUCCACAAGGACCCAAUUCUCAGAACAGCAGUUCCUCAAGUGGGUCAAGUUUGUUGGAAGCUUAAAGCACUCUGUCUUCAGAGCAGCAAAGAACAAGCUCUUCCCUUCCUUCACCAUCACCGUCGACAGGAACCCGGCCGCCGGGGACUUCACCUCCAUUCAGGACGCCGUCGAUUCCCUCCCUUUCAUCAACAUCGUCCGGGUCGUGAUCAAGGUCCAUGCAGGAGUUUACACAGAGAAGGUGAGCAUACCGCCAUUGAAGUCAUUCAUAACGAUAGAAGGUGCUGGGGCGGAGAAGACAAUAGUACAAUGGGGGGACACAGCCAAAACCCCCGGCCCAAGAGGACACCCAAUGGGCACCUACGCUUCCGCCACGUUUGCCGUCAAUUCCCCCUUCUUCAUAGCCAAGAACAUCACUUUCAAGAAUACGACGCCGGUUCCAGCGCCGGGAGCCGCGGGGAAGCAGGCGGUGGCGUUCAGGAUAUCGGCGGACACGGCGGCAUUCCUGGGGUGCAGAUUCCUGGGAGCGCAAGACACUCUGUAUGAUCAAUUGGGGAGGCAUUACUACAAAGACUGCUACAUUGAAGGGUCCGUCGAUUUCAUAUUCGGCAACGGAUUGUCCCUAUUCGAGGGGUGUCAGGUUCAUGCAGUAGCGCAGUAUACAGGGGCGCUAACGGCGCAAGGGAGGAGCAGCCUGUUGCAGGAUACAGGGUUCUCGUUCGUCAACUGUAAGGUCACGGGGUCGGGUGCCCUCUAUUUGGGGAGGGCUUGGGGUCCUUUCUCGAGGGUCGUUUUUGCCUACACUUACAUGGACAACAUCAUCAUCCCCAAAGGCUGGUACAAUUGGGGAGACCCUACUCGAGAAUUGACUGUUUUCUAUGGGCAAUACAAGUGUAGAGGGCCCGGAGCUAGUUUCGCCGGCAGGGUGGCUUGGUCCAGAGAGCUCACCGACGAAGAAGCUAAGCCUUUUCUUUCGCUUAGCUUCGUCGACGGCUCCGAAUGGAUCAAAUUGGAAAUAUGAUAAGAGUUUUGGGUCCUUUUGGAUAUUUUUUCACUCCCUAGUAUGAUAGUUGUAAUUUUUUGUUUUACUCAAGUAUAUUUCUUCUGUAUUCCCCUUUAGCUUUGUAAAAAGGAAAGCUAGGUUCUUAGUUUUGCCCAUUUAGGGCCUUUUUUAGGAUUUAGUAGUGGGGAUAAUAUUUACUUAAAGUGGGGAUAAGUACUCUUAUCAGGAUCCAUUUCCUAAUGAUUAUAAUAAAUGCUAAUGGCAAGAAAUAAAAAGGUUGGAUAAUUGUUGAUGGCAAG